AUGGAGAAUUUGCCUGAAUCGUUGUAUGUGGAUCCUAGAGAAGUUGCUUCUUCUUCUUCUUCUACCACUCAAUGGAAUACCACACAAUCCUUCUCCGCAACUGAUCGUCCUGGAAUUGAGCAGUUGAUAAAGUUGCUUAACCGGCCUCAGACCAGAGCUGAAGCUAUUAAUCAACUUAACAGAGUCUCCAAAAUCUAUAAGUGCAUAGCAUCUCAUCCAGAAGCAAGAAUGGGGUGUAUCAAAGCCCAAAUGCCUGUAUACAUUUACCCUUUUCUUAAUACCACCGAGCAACAACUUGUGCAGUUUGAUUACUUGCGAAUUAACAGCUUAGGUGUUAUUGCGACGCUUGUGAAGGUACUAGCUACUCCUACCACUUCAGAUGUUUGUCUUUCUAUAUCUACCAUGUCUUUGGUUCCAUGA